CCUGCUAACGCAAGCGUUGCUAAUCAGGAAAAAGAAGCCGAUUCUGGAAGCCAUUACGUUGCGCACUUUAGUUGAGUAAAUCCUAUUUUUACGUACAAUACGCAGAAACACCGGCGGUUUCUCUGCAGCGAUGGCAUCCGCCGCCAAAAAGAGAAAGAUGAAUUUCUCCGAGAGGGAGGUGGAAAUCAUCGUGGAGGAAAUCGAGAAACAAAAGCACACACUGGUGAGUCACUUCAACGCGGGAGUGACCCACAUGGCGAAGAACAGCGCGUGGCUGUCCAUCCUGAAGAAGGUGAACGCAGUCACCACCUGUCCCCGAGAACUGCCCGAGGUCAAGAAGAAGUGGUCCGACAUGAAGACCGAGGUCCGCAGGAAGGUGGCCCAGGCCCGGGCGGCCAUCGAGGGCACGUCCGCGGACUGCACCCCGAUCCCGGUCAUCCUCACCGCCAUGCAGCAGCGGAUCUGCAACCUGCUGGGAGAGGCCACCAUCAUCAGUCUACCUGCGGGAGACACGGAGGCGGAGCUUAGUUUACCUGUGACGGUGAACGCGGCGGCCACCGUCACUGUGACUGAAGCUCUUCCAGCCGCAGCCGAAUGUGACGAGGUCAAACCUCUGAAUGCUGAGACCACCUACCACACCCUGGAGGACGGCGGCAUUGUGGAGUACUGCACCACCACUGUCAGUGACUCCACCCCCACCCUGGUGACCGCUGUGGAGGCCCCCGUGGAGAUGCUGGCCUCGCCAGCGCCACCCGCCCAGUCCAAACCUCAGGAGCUGAAGAGCCGAAUUGCCUUGAACUCGGCCCGCUUGCUGCAGGAGCAGCGGGUCACCAACGUGCACGUGCGGCAGAUCGCCCAGCACCUGGAGGGCCAGAACGAGCUGCUGCAGAUGAUGCGGCGCUGCCAGGAGGCCCAGGCGCUGGCCCAGGAACGCCAGGCCCAGGCCCUGGAGGGAACCCAGGCCGCGCUGCUGGCGCUGGUCCAGAUGCUCAGACCAGUUCUGAAGGACCUCAGGAAGUUCCUACAGAGCGGAACAGAGACCACAAACCCCAGCAACUCUGUGUCAGGACCCACAGCUGACGGAGCCGGAACAGAGGAGCAGAACCGAUCCAAAACACCUCUACAAUCGCAACAAACUGAAACAGAACCAACCCAGAACUCCUUUACCGCAGACUGACACAG